AUGAAACAACAUGAAACAAAACGUGACAGAAAAAAGCGGAAGUGUUUCUAGGUGCAUGUUUUUAAAGGCAUCACUGAAAACAUGGCGGUCGUUCAUGAAGUAGCCUACAUCCAUGAUGCGUUUUAGCGUAGAAGUAGAACAACAAUAAAACAACAGCAACAACAACAACAACAACCGACAACCAACACAAGACUGCAGCAUCAUUCAAACGAUCCCACCACAAGCAGCAACAUGCAAGUCGGCAUCUACCACAUCGUCGUUGUUCUCCUCAUCUUGUUUUGGCUCCUCGUACCUGCAGUGACGUCAGACUUCACAGUGCCAUGCCCUAAAGGCUACGAGUUUGGAGACGUCUGGCAGACGUCAGAUUGUAAAGUCUGCUCAUGUGGAUUUCUUGGCUUGACUUGCAAAGGCUGUGGCAUUGACCUUGGCAUCCCGGAUGACCCACGGUGCUACUUCGAGUACGCGACCCACAAGCCCUACCCCUUCUGCUGCAAGAAACGGCUCAUCUGUGACGGAGAUAGAGAAUUCAGCCCCCAGAAACUGAUCGCUUCUCGCAUGCCGUGCAACGGUUUCCGUGCACAUAUGAAUGGUUAAUGCCAUCAGCUUUUCCGUGCACAUAUGAACGGUUAAUGCCACCAGCGAUUUCCGGUCACAUAUGAACGGUUAAUGCCAUCAGCAGUCUACAGUCACAUAUGAACGGUUAAUGCCAUCAGCAGUCUACAGUCACAUAUGAACGGUUAAUGCCAUCAGCUUUUCCGUGCACAUAUGAACGGUUAAUGCCAUCAGCAGUCUACGGUCACAUAUGAACGGUUAAUAUCAUCAUCAAACAACAUUUUAAUGAGUAAACCGUGAAUUCAGUAUGAGGUGAUUAGCAGUACAAGCCAAAUAAAAGUAUACUAAA